CCCCUUCCUCGUCGCCCUCGCCGCUGCCACAAUGGCCAACCUCGACGAGAUCGACCUUCCCAUACAAUCUCAUCAGGCCGACGACGCUUUCGACGCUCACAAUGGGACGGCAACACUCGCCAUAUCAGCAGAAGACGACGGAGAUGACGAUGCCGAAUUGGAAGCUAUGAAGGCGCGAGUGGCAGAGAUGGAGGCAGAGGCGGCCAAGCUGAGGCAGAUGCAAGAUCAAGCGGACAGGGACAUGGCAAAUGCAACGGGCUCCACAAGGCCCAGCGGACCCACUGAAGAAGAGAAGGAGGAGGUAGAUGCCAGGUCCAUUUACGUUGGCAAUGUAGACUACGGAGCCACGCCAGAGGAGAUACAACAGCAUUUCCAGAGCUGUGGAAAUAUUAAUAGAGUGACGAUACUUUGCGACAAGUUCACAGGACAUCCCAAAGGAUAUGCAUAUGUCGAAUUCGCUGAUCCAUCGCUAGUCACCAACGCAAUGGUCUUGAACGAGUCGCUCUUCCGAGGACGACUGAUCAAGGUUACUGCUAAGCGAACCAAUGUCCCAGGUCUCAACACAAGAGGGAGAGGUAGGGGGCGCGGCAGGCCAUACAGGUCCAGAGGAAGGGGUAGGGGUCGGGGCAGGCCAUGGUAACGGCAUGCGCGCCAAUGAGAAGGGCAAUUUUUGGGGCUGCCGCGGACGGCCGAGGUGCUCAACCCAAGCGAUCUCUCCGGGCACGACCUUUGAGCCAGCGUCAUUUCAGAGCAGUUUCGGCCGUCAACAAGAGCGCCUGGCCGCUGUGUUGCGCCAGAGAUGUUCCAGAAUCAUUCUUCAAUGCUUGACGAGCAGAGCAUUGAGGCCCUUGCUCACUUUCUCCACAUCUCGAAAUGUGAGCGACACCCUCUUCUCCCUGAUCAGGACGUCGUAUUGAUCAAGGUCACUUCCUGCAUUGGGUCCGCACGCAGCCUGAACUUUUGCCUUGAUCGCUCUGUCUCUCACGCUGCUGCCGUUGACUACGCGGGAAAGGUGUGAAGUCUCCUCCCGCGUCCUCUCCGCGAUGCCGUGAAGAUACAUUCU